CAAACUAGAUCUAAUGAAUUUUUGUUUCAAUUCGAAAAUCCAGAUAUCUAGUUGAACAAAACUACACUUAGCUAUUCAAAUCUAUGUCAUUAUUUUUAACAUUCUUAAAAAUUUUGGCAAAAAUGAUAUAUAGUUGAAUUAUGUUCUCAUCAGAAUCGGACUGCACCAAACAUUACGCGAUAGCAAGCCAAAUCAUAUCUCAGUAUCUUGAUAUUCUUGAAAAUUAUGGUAAAAUUGGAUAUUCCAGGUCACACAAAGGUCAAAGUUGCCAUUUGAACUGUUGAGGGCUUGAGGCAGUAGAAAACAACUGAUGCAAGAGCAGAAAGGAGGAAGAUGAAGUCUGUAUGUUCAGUUUCACACUUUUUCCCUUUCCUUUUCUCAGUUACUCUUAAUUUACACAAAUAUAUAUAAUAUUCUGCACCUUUUCUUCAACAAAAUUUCUCAGCAAACAUAUUAAACAAAUCCCAAAUCCAAAACUCUAAUCCUCCGUAUCUCCAUUUUUUCAAAUUCUCUCCUCAUUCAUCAGUUUAGGUAUAAUCAUUCAUUGGAAGUUCCGUUAGGCUGAGCUCCGUGACCGUGAUCAAGUUUUGAUUGCUCAAAUAUUUUGAAAGUUGAAGGAUAUCUGUUCUCUACGUUUUUUCAUUGUCUUUUGUGAGGAUUGAAUUAGCAAUAUGGGUUCGCGAUUCCAAUCUCAUCAGCUGAGUAAUGGCCUUUAUGUCUCAGGCCGGCCUGAGCAGCCAAAAGAGAAGACUCCCACAAUGAGCUCUGUUGCCAUGCCAUACACUGGUGGCGACAUCAAAAAGUCUGGAGAACUCGGUAAAAUGUUUGAUAUCCCAAUGGAUGGCUCCAGGUCAAGAAAAUCGGGUCCCAUUAAUAAUGCUCCUUCAAGAACAGGGUCUUUUGGUGGCUCUGCUUCUCACUCGGGCCAACUAAAUUCUGUGAAUCGGGCGGGGUCUGGUUCUUCUGGUGGUGUUUCUGGAUCUGCAUCUUUAAAGAAGACGAAUUCUGGUCCACUUAAUAAGCAUGGAGAGCCACUGAAAAAGUCAUCUGGGCCUCAAGGUGGAGGAGCAACUGCCAUGUCCCGCCAAAAUUCUGGCCCUCUUCCUCCCGUUCUUCCAACCACAGGCCUCAUUACAUCUGGACCUAUUACUUCAGGUCCUCUAAAUUCAUCGGGGGCUCCUCGCAAGGGAUCUGGUCCUUUAGAGUCGACUGGAUCAAUGAAGUUGCACAGAGAUGCUUCCAUAGUCAAUAAUCCAGCCGUCACACACCUUAGCCAGGAUGAUGAAUAUUCUUUCCACAAAAGCUUCCCGAAGCUAAUCCUUUGGUCCAUCAUUCUCCUCUUUGUGAUGGGAUUUAUUGCGGGAGGCUUUAUCCUUGGGGCUGUUCACAAUCCCAUUCUUCUUGUUGUCGUCGUUAUACUUUUUGCUGUUGUGGCUACAGUUUUUACCUGGAAUACUUGUUGGGGACGAAGAGCUAUUACUGGAUUCGUAGCUGAUUAUCCAGAUACUCAGUUAAGAACUGCAAAAGAUGGACAGUUCGUCAAAGUUUCUGGGGUAUGUUUAACAUGCUGAUUUUCAUGUUCAACUUCUUAUCCCCCUUAACCAUACCCCUCCUCCCAUUUGCCACAAAAAAGAAGAGUAGUUAACAUAG